UGGUCUACAUAACUUUUUUAAUGUCUACAUUGGAAUGAGUCCACCACGAUAUGUGUACGGCAACGUCAACCAACCUAAGGUACAUAUAGUUCGGCAACAACCGGACGACGAAAGGCACCCCAAACCAUGGACUUUUGAAUCGGAUAUGACAUUGACUCCUUCUCAGAGGAUGGCAAUAGACAGAGACAUUUUGCGCCGACGGAUGGGGAUUCCGACCAUGAAGCGAAAAAUUGUAGCUGAUGAACGAUACUACUGGCCCAAUGGCGUUAUACCGUACGAGACUAAAAACCUGGAGUUCACGGUUUCCUCUGACUUGAACACAGCCAUUAACAUGUGGGAGAAACUGACAUGUAUAAGAUUUGUUGGUCGGACUAGAGCAAACCAAAAGCAAUAUAGAGAUUACGUCACAAUUCAACAAACUUAUGAUGGCUGUGAAUCAAAUGUUGGUCGCAUCGGAGGACAACAGGUCGUUAAUGUUUCGAACGGAUGCGGGGCUGGUAGUAUUGCGCAUGAACUGGGACAUACCUUUGGAUUUGUCCACGAACAGUCGAGGUCGGACCGGGAUCAACAUAUACUUAUUGUCGGUAACAAUAUCAUUCCUGGAAAUGAAAAGAACUUCCAAAAGUAUUCCAACAAGAAAGUUUAUACCUACGACUUGUCAUAUGACAUAGGGUCCUUAAUGCAUUACAGUGAUAAGGCAUUUUCAAGAGAUGGUGAAUCCAAGACAAUCCUAGCACGUGACACGCUAGUUCAGUCUUGGAUGGGUCAGAGAAAUGGACCAAGCUUCCUAGAUAUCAAACUUGCCAACGAGGCAUAUCAGUGCGACAGACACUGCAGAACAAAUUUUAUUUGUCAGAACGGUGGGUUUAUUGGACCAAAUUGUAACUGUAUUUGUCCAUAUGGGGUCGGCGGGUUCACGUGUGACGAGGUGGCGCCCUCUACGCCAAAUUGUGGAGGAACUUUUCGGAAAGAAAACGGAACGAUUCUCUCUCCCAAUUACCCUAACGACUAUUAUAGUAAUGCCGAAUGCCAUUGGUUGAUCGAGGGUCCAUUUGAGUUUUUAAAACUUACUUUUCGUGACUUUCAUUCGGAGAACGAGUAUGACGUUCUUGACAUUCGAGUGUACGGACCAGAAAGGGUCGGACAAAUGAUUUCUGGGAAUAAUGUUGGAGAAAAGAUUAUCUACUUCAGCAGCAAUAAACUACUGCUUCACUUUACCUCGGACCAGAACAGUAACUUCCGAGGAUUCCGAAUUGAUUAUUCCAGCAUUCAUAGCAUUGACAUUGAUCGACAUCACUGAUGUUCAAUUCAGUCACGUGGAAUAUCUGAUCUAUGACAUAUUAUGCUCUAUUAUAAUAUGAACGCUAUUUUAUAUGAUGCUUAUAUUUUCCAAUGAAUCUCAAAAAGCAUGUGCAUUUUGUUAACUUAUUUAUUUUUUUUACAAUUAUUUUCUUUGUUGCAAUAA